CCGGCGGCUGCGGCAGCUGGAGGGGGCGACCGGCGGCGGCCGAUAGCGAGUGUCAGGGACGGCCGGGGCGGGAGCUGCGGCGGCCCGGCCGGGGCGGCGCUCCUUGGACUGUCGCUGCUCGGCCUCGUGCUGUACCUGGUGCCGGCGGCGGCUGCGCUAGCCUGGCUGGCUGUGGGGGCUACUGCGGCCUGGUGGGGUCUGAGCCGCGAGCCCCGAGGUUCGCGCGCCUUUUCCUCGCUCGUUCGGAACACUCGGCGUCAGCGAACACUGUUCACUUCGCCUCCGGCAAAGUCGGCGGUAAACGGAAGCCUCCUAGAGCCGCGGACCCUGCUUAAAGGACCCGACCACGCUGAACUGCUCCUCAUGGGCAGUUACCUGGGCAAGCCUGGCCCUCCGCAGCCUCCCCCUGCUCAGGACAGCAGGGACCUGCGAGAGAGCCUUGGCCGUCACCCAGCUGCCCGUCCCUCGCAGCCCGCUCACUCGGCCCAUCGCGUUCACCACGUUCAGCCCUCUCCCCUUACGCCUCUUUUCCGACCUUCUAGGAGGCUUCCCCACCGGGAUUGUGGAACUUUACCUAAUCGGUUUGUAAUAACACCUCGGAGACGAUAUCCAAUCCAGCAGGCUCAAUAUUCCUUCCUGGGGGUACUUCCCACGGUGUGCUGGAAUGGUUACCAGAAGAAGACUGUGCUGUCUGCACGUAAUUCCAAGAUGGUAUGCAGCCCAGUGACAGUGAGAAUUGCUCCUCCUGAUAGCAAAUUGAUUCGUUCACCAGUACCAGAGCAGAUAAUCAACUCAACACUGUCCUCACCAUCAGGUAAUAUUCCAGACCCAUGUGCAAAGGAGACUGUACUGAGUGCCCUCAAGGAGAGGAAGAAAAGAACAGUGGAGGAGGAAGACGAAAUAUUCUCUGAUGGCCAGGAAAAUAAAAGAAGGCGCCAUGAUAGCAGUGAAAGUGGACAUUCAGCAUUCGAGCCCCUGGUGGCCAAUGGAGUCCCCGCUUCUUUUGUACCAAAACCUGGGUCUCUGAAGAGAGGUUUCCAUUCUCAGAGCUCAGAGGACCACUUGAAUAAGAGAUCCCGCACCUCUUCUAUGAGCUCUUUGACCAGCACGUAUGCAGUUGGCAUCCCCAGCUCUAGCCGCAAUGCCAUUACCAGUUCCUAUAGCUCUACUCGCGGUUUCUCUCAGCUAUGGAAGAGAAGUGGUCCCAGUUCAUCACCCUUCUCUAGCCCAGCCUCAUCCCGCUCUCAGACACCAGAGAGACCAGUGAAGAAAGUAAGAGAAGAGGAGCUUCAUCAUCAUUCUAGUUCUUCAACCCCACUGAUAACAGAUAAGGAGUCCCAGGGAGAAAAGGUUGCAGAUACAACCACAUGGAAGAAACAAACCUUGAAUACCCCAUCUACAUCGGGCAGCUCUGGGCAGCGUAAAAGGAAGAUUCAGCUGCUGCCCUGUAGGCGAGGGGACCAGCUAACCUUGCCUCCACCUCCCCAGCUUGGUUAUUCGAUAACUGCUGAAGACCUAGACUUGGAAAAGAAAACAUCAUUACAGUGGUUUAACAAAGUCUUGGAGGAUAAGACGGAUGCUGCCUCAAACUCUGUCACUGAGAACGCACCUGCCCCUCAGCCUUCUUUACCUGUCGCCCUGCCUGCUGCUGCGACUGCUUCCUCGCCGCCCCCCAUCCCAGCCCCAGGCACUAACCCACGGCUAGAGAGCCUGAAGGAGAUGCAGGAUGCCCCAGGCCCACCGUCCUUUCCAGAAUCUGCUGGAGUGGCAACCACUGUGGCCCAUUUGCCUCUAAAGACACCCAGUCUUCUGACCCAUCUUGGGGCUUCACAGUCAGGAACCGCUUCAGACUCAAAAUCCACAGCCACUUUCCCAGAGCUGAUCCCUUAUUCCACAGUACCAGUCGCUGACAUCAUUAAGUCACCUCCGACCCUCCAGGCUGAGACAUCUGCCAAAUCUCAAGCCCCAUCUGCCCCAUCCUCCACUCCCAAGCCCAGUAUUCUGUUUGGAAUGCUGAGCUCCCCAACUUCUAACCCUUCUGCAGCUUCUGAUGUGUCUUCAGAAUCUCCCAUGUUCAAGCCCAUUUUUGGAGCCCCACCUAAAAGCGAGAGUGAAGGCCCCUUGCCUGCUAAUCCUUCAGUCACAACUGCAGCAUCUUCCAGCUCGGCCCUCCCUGUGAUUCCUAGUACCUCAACCCCCACUUUCAAGCCUGUCUUUGGCAGCAUGGGGUCACCAAUGUCUGUACCCUUGUCAACUCCUUUCUCCUUCAAGCAAACAACUACUCCGACCACAACCACAACCGCUCCUCUCUUCACUGGCCUGUCCAGUGCCACCUCUGCAGUGGCUUCCAUCACCACAGCCAGUACGUCCACAGACUCGGCCUCGAAGCCUGCUUUCGGCUUUGGUGUAAACAGUGUGACUAGCACCAUGAGCAGCGUGGCUAAUACCACUUCCACUUCCCAGCCUUUCCUCUUCGGGGCCCCCCCUGCCUCUGGUGCCAGCUUUACCCCAGCCCUGGGCUCCAUGUUCCAGUUUGGCAAGCCUCCUGCCAUGGCUCCUUCAGCAACAGUCAGCACCUUUGGCCCAUCCCUUCCCGGUGCUGUUCAGACAGCCCCUAGCAGCAGUACCACCAGCUUUAGUGGUUUCGGCAGCGCCCUUACAGCCUCAGCCCCAGUUACCAGCAGCCAGCCUACGAUCACGUUCAGUAGCACCACCACCCCAGCAUUCAACAUUCCCUUUGGUUCAAGCACCAAGCCCCCUCCCCCAUCAUAUCCAGGAGCUAACCCCCAGCCCACAUUCGGGGCCACUGGUGUGCAGCAGCCGGGACCCACCAAGCCAGCCCCUGGCCCAAGCUUUGGCAGCUCUUUCGCUUUUGGAAACUCUGCAUCCCCGGUGCCGGCCCCCACUGGGCCAGCCGCUGGCAGCACCAGAAAAGCGGCUCAAAGCAGCGUGACAGCCCUGACCACCACCUUUGGCACCCCUGCCAGUGCCCAGCCAGCCUUUGGCAGCAGCACAGCUAUCUUCUCCUUCGGGGCAGCUGCCACCACCGGCUUUGGGGCUGCAACCCAGACCAGCAGUGGGACCAGUAGCUUGGUGUUUGCCGGCACCACACAGUUGCCCUUCACGUUUGGGGGAUCAGCAGCACCAACUGGCAGUGGGGGCUUGGGGAUCAGUGUGGCUACCCCAGGCACCAGCUCCACCUCUGGAGCAUUCAGCUUUGGAGUGGGACAGAGUGGGACCACUGGCACCACAGCCCCUUUUGGGGGAGGCUUGAGUCAGAACACCUUGGGCACACCCAGCCAGAGCACGCCCUUUGCCUUCAGUGUGGCCAGCACACCUGAGAGCAAACCUGUGUUUGGAGGCACUUCCACACCCACCUUUGGUCAGAACCUGCCCGCGCCUGGAGUGGGCACAUCAGGCAGCAGCCUCUCAUUUGGGGGGUCUUCAGCACCCGCCCAAGGCUUUGUUGGAGUCGGACCUUUCGGCUCAGCGGCUCCUUCAUUUUCCAUUGGUGCGGGAUCCAAGACCCCGGGGGCGCGACAGCGACUGCAGGCCCGAAGGCAGCACACCCGCAAGAAAUAGCCUUUGACCCUUGUCCCCAUUCCCCACCCCUGCCCAAAUCUGAACUUCUGCACCUGCUGGAAAGAGCCUCUGCCCCUUUUAGUCCCAAAAAGUAAACCUACCCCAGAUCUCUGGCUUCCACCACCAAGAAGGUGUAGUGGCAACUUUGGGGGCCCUUUCCCUCCUUGAGGAAGCACAGGCCUCUGGCCUCCUGAGGGAGCGGGGAACCAGGGUGUAGCAGAGCAGAUGCCAACACCUCUGCUUGAACAGUUCUAUCAGUGAGGCUAGAGAACUAAAGAAACACCUGUACAUAUUGUCCAUUCCUUCCCUGACUCAUUUAGUGCAUAUAUCAGACGGCCUCCCUGCCUGCUUUCUCCCUGAGAGCCAUCUUUGUUAGAGGGUAGAAGGUACAGCCCUUGCCCACUUGCAUCUCUGUGGGUAUGCAUUUGAUGGGGUUGGGGAAGCGGAUGAUCCCUGAAGCUUUACCUUGCUUGGCUUGGCUGUAAGCAGUUCUCUUCCUCUGGUCCCUCUAGGGGACUUUGUUUCCCCGUAUCUUGCUGCUUUGUCCCUCACCAGUUCCUUGCAGGAUCAAUCCCUUUUAAAAAGAUCUUGAACCUAGCUUUGCCUUGGAGAUCUCAGUGGGUGCUGCUCCUGCUCUUCCAC